AACUUCUGUUUAGUGUAAUGUAAAAGUCCAAAAAGAUCAUAAUGCUUGAUACAAAUUGUCGAUCAGGUGCGUCAAGUGAACAAACGGAAACAAACGACGAGUCAACAGACAAAAUGAAAAUGGCGGAUGGUACAACAAUUGUCAGAAGAAAUAGACCAGGAACAAAAUCCGAGGAUUUUUGUAGAUGGCCUGAUGAACCAUUUGAAGAAAUGGAUAGUACACUUGCAGUACAACAAUAUAUACAACAAAUGAUAAGACGUGAUCCAACAAAUAUUGAUCAUAUAUUAAGUAUGCCAGAAGCACAAGAUGAAGGUGUAUGGAAAUAUGAACAGUUACGUCAAUUUUGUAUGGAAUUAAAUGGUCUUGCAGUACGUUUACAAGAAGAUUGUGAUCCAUUAUCAUGUACACAAAUGACAGCAACUGAACAAUGGAUAUUUUUAUGUGCUGCUCAUAAAACACCAAAAGAAUGUCCAGCAAUUGAUUAUACAAGACAUACACUUGAUGGUGCUGCAUGUUUAUUAAACAGUAAUAAAUAUUUUCCAAGUCGUGUUAGUAUCAAAGAAUCAAGUGUUGCUAAAUUAGGAUCUGUUUGUCGUAGAGUUUAUAGAAUUUUUUCACAUGCAUAUUUUCAUCAUUUAACGAUAUUUGAUCCAUUUGAACAUGAAACAUAUCUAUGUCGAAGGUUUACUGCAUUUGUCACCAAGUAUAAAUUGAUGUCAAAAGAUAAUUUGAUUGUACCAAUUUCUAAAGAAGAUGGUGCAACUGAAAGUGAAGCAUAAUUUUAUGAUAAAAAAAAUUUAAAAAGAAAAAUAAAUACAUACAUGUGUAAGACAUCAAAAAAAAAAAAAAAAACGAAAAAAACAAAAAUAUAACAAAAAACAAAUAUUGAAAAUGUAAAUUUUCAAUAAUACAAUUAUUCAGUUGAAAAAAAAAAACAAACAAACAAAGUAUCAAUAAUAUUUUGACUGAUUAUUAGCAUGAGCUAUUUGGAUCUUGAAGAACCAACUCGACUAUUAACAUAAUAAUCUACAGACGCAUAUUAUAAUUUCGAUUUUUAUUAUUAUUUUUUUCUAUUCAAAAAUUGAAAAAGUUUCUUUUCUACUCGUGUGCGUGUGUGUGUGUAUUUAAAAAAUUGAAAAAAAAAAAAACUAUUCUGGUUAAUUUUAAAGCCAGCAAUCUUUUCUUUUUUUCUUAUUUAAUAGUGAAGAGUAAAAAAAGAAAUUUAAAAAAUCGACUCAUAACAAUACUCGAAAAAUGAAGGAGACAAAAAAAACUAUUUAAAACAAAGAGAGCUACAAGUGUCUAAUUUAAAUUUAAAAAAGAAAAAGAAUUUGUUUAUUAUUAUUUUUAUUUAACUAGAGUGUAAGUAGGAUUAACGUCGGUUAAAAUUACUGAAUUAUUGACAAGACGAUUGAUGAAUUAUUUAAAGAAAAAAAUUAUAUAUAUAUAAAGAAAAAAAAUAGUAUUGUAAUAUUUGAAGUUUUAAAAAUUCAAUAGCUUUUAAUGCGAAUGAAAAAAAAAUUGUGACUGAUUUAUCAGAUCUUCAACAGUCGUAAAAAUAAAUUGACCCAAUUAAAAGAAAAAAUUCAUAAUUAUCAUUAUAAAUGAGUAAAAAUCAAUACGAAAAAAAAAUAAUUAUCACCCAAAAAUUGAAAGAAAAAUUCUUAAAGAGUAUUACAAAUUAAAAAAAAAAAAACUAUGUAAAUUUAAUUUUAACACUCCCUUAGCAUUGUCAUAAAAAAAAUUAAAUUAAAAAAAAAAAAAAGCAGCGCCCAGUAAAAAUAAAAAAACUGAAAAAAAAAAAUACAUGUCUGCUUUUCUUGUAUAUUUUAAAAUUCUGCAAUAAUUACUCGAUAAUUGCGAACAAUAAAAAGUGCCCUAUUAUCCAGUCACUGCCACUGAAAAAAAAAAUCUUCAACAAAAAAAAAAAAGAAACAUAAAAAACCAAUAAAAAUAACAUUUUUUUUUUUCCUGUUUUUU